AUGGACGGCAACUACUUCUUGGGUCCGCUGAACGUGCUCAUCUUUUCCGUGGUGCCACUGCCCCAUCGACCGCUCGUGUCCAAUGCUGGCAAUGUCGUGUGGACCACGUACCUAAGCUACCGCGCCAACCAACACAUUGUCCACGAUGAACAGCCGCGCGUCCGCACCCGCCGCGAUGAAGCGGCCGAGGAGCUGGAGCGGGCUCUGAACGAGUCCUUGCAACCUGAUUUUCUGGCGCAAAUGGUGGAUGCCGAGUGGCGCCUUCGACACCUCGCCGUCACGUUUCCGUCGCCUCCAGAGAUCCAGGCGGUGAAUGACCUCUUUCCAGCAGAAGAUGCAACUUGCUUGGAUGAUGACGAGGAUGCAGACGAUGCUUCUGCCGUCGAGGAAUCCAUC